AGUUGUGAGAACUUCUCACAUUCGGUGUUUGGUGUUUGGUGAGAGAAGAAAAUUUUUGAAGUGCCGGUGGUUUGACUGAAUAUUAUUCAAGAUGAAACUGUGCUUAGUUGUUCUCUUGUUGGCGUUAUGUUCAACAACAUUCGCCCGCAAACGAAAUCGUUUACGUGAUCUUUUCCUGCGUGAACUGGGAGAAGGUCCUAAACCCACCCGAGGACUUAAUGCAAUUGAAGCAGAAAUUGAUAAAGAAAUAGAAGGGGGUGAAAAAUUGGCAGGUGAUAUCGCACAUGAGGAACACGACGAUCGGGCUGGAAGAAUCGCAAUAUGUGCUCUGAAAUUCGUGGAAGAUGUUGGGCAUACUAUUGAAAGAGAAUUCGGCGGAGAUGGUCCCACCCGUCGUCCAUCACGUGAUGGAAACGGUCCUACAAGACGUGGUACCAGGGAGCCAGGAAACGGUCCUACAAGACAUGGUACCAGGGAGCCAGGAAACGGUCCUACAAGAGAUGGUACCCGGGAGCCAACAACAGAAGGUGUAUUCGAAGUAAGACGUGUCUUCAAAAAAUUGUCAAAAUCCAAGCGUGAACAUGGAUAUUUCCCAACAGAACGACCACGUCAGCAUCAAGGACCCUUAGAAAGAUUCUUCAGUUGCAUGAACAAAAUCGGUGAAUUUGGUGGCGAACAUGGCUAUGACGGCGAACAUGGGAAUAAUGGCGAACAUGAGUAUGGGGGCGAACAUGGGCAUGGCGGCGAUGAGGGAGAAAGUGGAGAUGACGGCGAAAGUGGAGAUGACGGUGAAGAAGAACCUACUGGGAUAACUGAAGAAGCCAAGAGGAAGGCAGAUGGUGGUCCUCAUGGUGAUCCUACUCGUGGUCCUAGCCGUGAUCCUAGUCGUCGUCCUAGUCGUCGUCCUAGUGGUCGUCCUCAUGAUGGUUCUACUCGUGGUCCUCAUCGUGAUCCUAGUCGUGGUCCUCAUGAUGGUCCUACUCGUGGUCCUCAUCGUGAUCCUACUCGUGGUCCUCAUGGUGGAUAUAGCGGAGAUGAUGGAGAUGAUGGAGAUGAUGGGGAUGAUGGAGAUGAUGGAGGAGAGAUGAUGGAGAUGAUGGAGAUGGAUGAUGGAGAGAUGGAUGAUGGAGAUGAUGGAGAUGAUGGAGAUGAUGGAGAUGAUGGCGAUGAUGGCGAUGAUGGAGAUGAUGGAGAUGAUGGAGAUGAUGGAGAUGAUGGAGAUGAUGGAGAUGAUGGAGAUGAUGGAGAGGGUGGAGAUGUUACAAAGAAACGUCACGCCAAAAAGAAGAGAUCACAUCCUCGCCAUUGA